AACCUACGGCUGUACGAUGCGGGCGCCAACACGCUGAGAGGCACGUUCCCUCGCCGUGGCCCGGUGCUGGACUGCUGCUUCCAUGACGACAGCUCUGGCUUCGCUGGCAGCGCUGACCAGUCCGUGGUGCGGUACGACUUCAAUGUGGGGAGGGAGGAUGUGCUGGGGCACCACCAAGGAGCAGUCAAGUGCGUCGAGUACUCACAUGCCACAGGCCAGCUGAUAACGGGCGGCUGGGAUCGCACGGUGAGGUGCUGGGACCCCCGCGCCCCCUCAUCCCACCUGCGCCUGACCGUCACAGCGGAGCAGCCCGAGCGGUGCUACUCCAUGUCGCUCGCCGCACACCGCCUCGUGGUGGCCAUGGCGGGGCGCCACGUGUCCAUCUACGAUUUGCGCAACAUGUCGCAGCCAGAGCAGCGGCGCGAAUCUUCACUGAAGUUUCAGACGCGGUGUGUACGGUGCUACCCCACGGGCACGGGGUAUGCCCUGGCGUCCGUGGAGGGGCGCGUGGCCAUGGAGUUCUUCGACCCCUCCGAGACUGCCCAGGCCAAGAAGUAUGCAUUCAAGUGUCAUCGCCGGUCAGAGGGAGGGAGGGACACGGUCUUCCCAGUCAACGCCAUCGCCUUCCAUCCAAUCUACGGCACGUUUGCCACGGGGGGCUGUGACGGGGUGGUCAACAUCUGGGACGGCAACAACAAGAAGCGCCUCUACCAGUACGCCAAGUACCCCACGAGCAUCGCAGCGCUCUCCUUCUCACGGGACGGUCGUCUGCUGGCCGUGGCAGCCAGCUACACCUUCGAGAUGGGCGACAUCCCUGCCUCCCCGCCCCUCCCCUCCCGAGUGCCUCCCCUCUUCUCCCGAGUGCCUCCCCUCUUCUCCCGAGUGCCUCCCCUCUUCUCCCGAGUGCCUCCCCUCUUCUCCCGAGUGCCUCCCCUCUUCUCCCGAGUGCCGGCCCUGCCCUCCCGUGAGUUCCCCCGCUGCCCUCUCGAGUGCCCCUCUGCUGGCCGUGGCCUCCGAGAUGGGCGACAGCCCGUGAGUGCCGCCCUGCCCUUCCGAGUGUCCCCCUGA